AUGGGCCAUGCAAACAGAUCUUCAGGGGCGACGGGCGGCGAGGCGCGCGGCGAGACGGCGAGGCACGAGGAGGCGAGGCAAGGCGCACGGCGGCGAGGAGACAAGGCGCCCGGCGACGGAGGCAUGGGAGGGCGGCGAGGGGCACGGGCGGCAAGUUGUGGUGGCGGUGGAAGGAGGGGUAGCGGAGGAGGCAGGGGAUGGCGCCCGGAGUCGUCGUCGGAGGGAGGAUGGGGGAGAAGGAGGAUGGGGCUGUUCACAACUGCUAGGGUUUAG